AUGAUAUCUGCUCCAGCCACGAGAAUUCGAUCAGUACUGAAACCAAGAGGAUUCGCGUCCUUGCUCCAUGGCACAUCAUGCUUGACGUCCAAAUCAAGAGGAUUUGCAUCAUUGCUUCAUGAUACAUCAUCCUUGUCGUCAAAUACACCACAAUUCGUCGUGGGAACAAAGAAUGGGUUCCUACCAAGACAGGAUCCCUUGGUGAAAUUACCUCCCUCUUAUGAGAUAUUGGAAGACUUGCUCCAACGGAUGCCUCUGAAACUCAAGAAGGAUGGCAAACCUGGUUUACUUGCUACUGGUGGGUUUGGAGAUGCUGUACAUAAGGAACUGCCUGAAUAUGACUUUUCGAAUGUUCAUGAUUCGCAUCUUUUGACAGCACUCUUUCGGGACUAUACGUUCGCUUCAAGUGCCUAUUUACUUGAGCCAUGUGAUAUUAUGAAUCGAAAGAAGGGCGAUUAUGGUCUUGGGCGUGAUAAACUACCACGUAACCUCGCUGUUCCGUUAUCAGUCGUUGCGCAAAAGAUUGGUGCAAAGCCUUUCAUGGAGUAUGCACAAUCAUACAGUCUCUUCAACUGGCAACGAAAAGAUCGACAUGGAGACCUAUCGUAUGAGAAUCUGGACUUGAUUCGUGGAUUUGCUGGAGCAGACUCUGAACAUGGUUUCAUUCUCGUGCAUGUCGCUAUGGUUGCGCAUUCCGGAGAACAAGUCAGGACUACUUUGGCUGCUUUAGAAGCAGUCGAGAAUGAUUCUCGAACGAAAUUCAAUGCGGCCUUGUCUGAUAUGUUGAAGGCCUUCCAGAAAAUCAAUGGUGUUAUGGAUACCAUGUGGCGUCACUCUGCACCCGCUGAUUACGUCAAGUUCAGGACAUUCAUUAUGGGUACCAAGAAUCAGCCAAUGUUCCCAAAUGGUGUCAUAUACGAAGGUGUAUCAGAUCAAGCUACGUUCUAUCGUGGAGAAUCUGGUGCCAACGACUCUAUUAUACCCACAGCAGACAACUUUUUGGAAAUCACUCAACACCUCCCAUCGAAUCCCUUAACUCAAAUUUUGAGGGAUUUCAGAUCUUACCGACCAUCUGGACAUAAUGAAUGGGUGUCAUGGGUUGAAGGCAAAUCAUCUCAGCUUGGAGUCCGUGCAUAUGCUGAGAAGGAUGCUAGUUCGAAUGUUCUGUACUUGGCUAUGGUUGAUCAAGUUCGAGAAUUCAGGGCUAGACACUGGAACUUUACCAAAGAGUACAUUAUCAAAUACUCUGCUCAUCCUGUUGCCACUGGUGGUUCUCCGAUAGCAACCUGGUUACCGAAUCAACUGGCUGUUGUCUUGGAUGUUAUGGUAUCAUCUGGACGAAAGAUCAACAUGGCUGCCCUGAGUCCAGAAGGCCGGGAAAUGGCUGAUGAGCUGACGGAAAGAGCAAACACUCAACGACGUGUAUUGUUGCGAGAGGUUGACAACCUCAAGACCAAAUUCAAAAAUCAGGAACAGUUGGCUAGAGUGUGA